UUUUUAGUACCUUCCAGGUCAUGGGUUCUGCUUUUAUAGCAGACUUUUUAUUCUUCUGUAGGAGACACAGAAGACAGUCAAAAUACAGGAGCUAAUGGAAUUAGAGAAUAUUGUCGCCAACACUGUCUACUUGAAGGCAAGAGAGGGUGGUGGUGACAGUAACAAAGGCAAGAGCAAGAAGUGGAGGAAACUUCUUCAGUUUCCUCACAUCACAGAGUGUAUUGACAUCCGAGAUCGCAUAGAUGUGAGGUAUUCCUAUGUGAUUGAUCAACAACCAAUUGGAAGGGAGCUGUUCAGGCAAUUCUGUGAAAAUGUGAAACCUGAAUAUCAUCGGUACAAUGAAUUCUUGGACAAAGUGGCCCAGUAUGAAGUGGAACCAGAUGAGAAGCGUCUUGCCUGUGCUCAAGAAAUAUUUCAGAAAUACCUCAAUGCUCAAGAAGAAGAUGGUGUUCACAUCUUCAAUGAGGCUCUUGGAGAAGAAUGCAAAGCUCGUAUGCCCAUGGCUCCAAAGGACCUAUUCUUGUCAUGUGUUGAAGCUGUCAAAUACUUCUUGGCUGGUGAACCAUUCCAACUCUUUGAAGGUUCAAUGUACUUCCUUCGCUAUCUCCAAUGGAAAUGGAUUGAAAGUCAACCGGUGACAUACAAGACAUUUCGGAUGUACCGAGUCCUAGGAAAGGGAGGGUUUGGGGAGGUUUGUGCCUGUCAGAAUAGAUCCACUGGAAAAAUGUAUGCAUGCAAAAAGCUGGAAAAGAAGCGCAUCAAGAAGCGGAAAGGGGAAACCAUGGUUCUGACUGAGAAACAAGUCCUCCAGAAAGUGAACUCCAGAUUUGUAGUGAGCCUGGCAUAUGCUUAUGAAACCAAAGAUUCCCUUUGCUUGGUUCUAACCCUCAUGAAUGGAGGAGACUUGAAAUUUCACAUUUAUAACAUGGGAGGAGAUCCGGGUUUUGACAUUGACCGAGCCCUCUUCUGUGCUGCAGAGGUUUUAUGUGGCCUGGAAAACCUCCAUGCCCUGGGGAUUGUGUAUAGAGAUUGCAAACCUGAAAACAUUCUUUUAGAUGAUCAUGGCCAUUUAAGGAUCUCAGACCUAGGUCUUGCUGUGGAAAUCCCAGAUGGAGGAUGUGUUCGUGGAAGAGUCGGUACCGUUGGUUACAUGGCUCCCGAAGUGAUAGAUGGAGAGGUGUAUACAUUCAGUCCAGAUUGGUUCAGCUUUGGAUGCCUCAUAUAUGAAAUGAUAGAAGGUCAAGGACCUUUUAGAACAAGGAAAGAAAAGGUCAAGAGGGAAGAUGUUGAUCAGCGAGUGAGAGAGGUAGCAGAAUCUUAUUCCAGCAAAUUCUCUGAGGAAGCCAAGUCUAUAUGUCAGCAAUUGCUGAGGAAAAGCUACAAGGAUAGACUUGGUUGUCAGGGAGGGCCUUCAAGAUAUGGUGCAAAAGAAGCAAAGCGUCAUUCUUUUUUCAGUAGCAUUAACUGGAAAAGAAUGGAAGCUGGCAUGUAUCAGCCACCUUUUGUGCCUGAUCCCCAUGCUGUGUAUGCCAAGGAUGUCUUGGACAUUGAGCAGUUUUCCACUGUCAAAGGGGUGAACUUGGAUGCCACAGACUCAUCCUUUUACACCAAGUUCAAUACUGGUUCUGUAUCCAUCCCAUGGCAGACUGAGAUGAUAGAGACAGACUGCUUUAAGGAGCUCAAUGUGUUUGGGGAGAAUAACACACCUACUCCUGACCUGAUGUUGGAUGUUCCUCCUCCUCCACCUGAUGAAGGCUGCUUCCCUUUCUUUAGGAAGAAGAAAUGUCAUCGCCAUAAAUGAAUGAACUGUUCUUGCAAGAGGAUUUUGAUCCAUUAGUUCCUUUGGAGGACCUGCUUGUCCAGCAACCAGAAGAGCAUGCACAUAUACACAUACUCAUAUGUACCUGCCUCACUCUUCAGGGAGUCUUGCAGAGGAAAGUUGCCCCUAAGCAUCAAGAUGAGGCCUCCCUUGUCAUAUUGUAAUUUCAAAAAGUGUACAGUUUGUGGUACUUUACGCUUGCCGCCCCUCUGUUCUAACCAUGACACCGAGUUGAUGACCGUCUGAUGUUCCUCUGGUAGGAAGGUCAGGAAUGAACCAGAAAUCAAAAUGCUGGUGUCUCCCUAACCUCCUUUUUAUCAAGGUGCACUCCUGGAAAGACAGUUUUGUGAGACUGUGCCAUUCUGCUAUGAUACUGAUAGCUAGUCAAUCUUCUUUGGCUGUGCAUGGAUGUAGGAUUGUAGCAUCUUUCAAACUAGGUUGUCAAAUGUGCAUACCUGUCUUGUAGAACUCUGCCACUUGGAGUUUUGAUCCUUUUUAUUUCCUUUUGUGCAAAGGUGGCACCAUCGAUUUGAGGUUCUCAGUACUCCUGGUUACAUAAGCUAGCAAUUGUCUCACUUUUAAAAAUCAUAGGCCCAACAAAUGUUUCAUGCUUGCACCUAGGAUUGAAGAUUGAAGAAGACUCCAUCCUUACUCAAAAGUCUGUUCAGAAAGAGUGUAUUUCCUUUCUGGUAUGCCUUGCAUUCAUCUUUAACUUCCUUUGUGAAGGGGAUCUUACUUACAUAAUUGGAAUGACUGAU